UGUCCCAAAUUCUUCACUAAUGAUCGUUUUUUCCGCGAUGUUUUAAUUGGAAACCCUAACCACAAAUCGCGGGAACUACCAAUCAACUAAUCAAGAGCAUACUCUGGUCAUCGUAAUCAGCGCAGCUUCUCCCGAUUUCUCUGUUUCAUCAAAUUAAGCUUAGAUCUUGAUUCUAUAAAUACUAAUUUGAAUACUUGAUUCCCAAUGUGCUUAUUUUGAAUAUUUUCUUUCUGAUGUACAGAGCUUUAGGAGGAGGAAAGGGAUGGUCUUGGCUUGGAAUUGGAACACUGUGCUUAGUAUGAGCUCAAGUUUGUGGUCACGCAGGUAUAUCUGAACAACCUAUCUCUAGCGGUUUGGGCUUGAGUUACCUUCACUCUAAUGUGUCUUCUUCUGACUACUAGUAUCUCUGAGGCCAGCCCAAUUGAGCCUGGAAUCGUUAUGACUAUAUUUGCAAACUACAUUUGAAUAACAACGACAAGGACAACGUGAUGUUAGGUUGCAAAAUGAGCUGCGUACUUACAAACUAGUGGGCGUAAGAAAUUGUAGUUGUAGGUAGAGUUGAUUUGCGUUGCGUUGAAUGUUGACUUCUUCCGAAAGCGAUAAAUACACUGAUUUGUGUAAACUAUAUAGCUUGUUGACCUUCUCAGUCUGUAAUCGGUGGGUAAAGACAAGCUUUUAUAUUAAUCAUAUUCUUGGAUUAUGACGUGCAGUACAUAUAAUAAAGCAAUUUCUAAUUAUUAUCCAGAUGGACGGAAGUUGCAAUUAACUAAUCGAACUAAACCAAUUUGAGCAUGCCAAUCUCUAGCUAAUCUCAAAAGUCAACACAAUAUGAUCCUGCACAAAGAUCUGAUUUUCUACUGCUUUUCCUUAAUUCUCACAUCCUUUUUUUGUUUCCAGUUUUAACAUUUGCUACAUUCAUCUUGAUUCUCUUUCUCCUUUCUCAAUCCUUAGCACAAUGGUUUCCUGGUUGGUUGAGAAUUGUUUAAUACCUGUUUUCAAAACAUUGUCUGGAAGUUUGUUUAGUUGCUUGUUUGGAAAGGUGGUUCACAUGUACAACUGUAAGGAUAAUCUUGUCUCGUUGAAGGAGGCCUUGGGUGACCUUACAGCAAUAAGAAAUGAGGUAGAAAACCAAGUCAAGGCUGGAGAGCUUAAGGGUGAGAAACGGGUACCUACAGUGGCUAGGUGGCUUUUACAAGUCGAAACCAUUGAAACUGACAUCAAUCAACUGGUUCAUGCUGCUUCCGCUCAGGAUGCUUCCGCUCAGGAUGCCUCCGCUCAGGAUGCUUCCCCUCAGGAUGCCUCCGCUGGACAUCAAGGACUGUCAACUUCUGGUUGCUGUGGAUGGCCCUCACCCUUCUUCCUUGGCGAGGAGGUUUUCAAGAAGUUGAAUGAAGUUGAAGAACUCUGUUCCAAACCCAAAGAUUUUAAAGAUUUGACUAAGCAAUCUCUUCCUCCUGUGGUAGAAAUUAGAGGAGUCGAGGAAACAUUUGGUCUUGGUGCGACGUUUGAAAAGACUUGGGAAAGUCUUAAGAGAAAGAAAAUCCUGGGAAUCUACGGUAUGGGAGGCGUAGGCAAAACAACCCUCCUCACUGUAAUUAACAACAAGUUCGGUGAAGAUAAUACAGUCAAGGGUAAAUUUGAUGUUGUCAUUUGGGUUAAAGUGUCUGAAGAUGCAGAUGUCGGGAAUAUUGAAGAUGACAAGAAGAAGAAGAUUCCAAUUGAUAUUGAGAAGAUUCAAGAUACAAUCGGGGAAAGAUUACACCUCUGUGACGAGAAAUGGUCUACAUACAAAAAACCAAAAAAAAAGGGUGAAAUACUCAGGGUUUUAAGAGAAGAGAGACCCCGAUUCGUGCUGUUAUUAGACGACUUACGGGAGGAAGUGAGUUUAUCUGCAAUCGGAAUUCCAUUGCUGGGGAGUGAAUACAAAAUCGUGUUUACUACUCGUUCUGAGGAUGUCUGUGGACGUAUGGCAGAUGAGAAGAUAAGAGUUGAUCUUUUGGGGGAUGACGACGCAAGGGCUUUGUUCAACCUGAAUGCCAAAUUCAGCAGGCUAACUGUUCAAGUUGACGAAAUCCGUGAUAUCGCGAACAAUAUUGUGGCUAAGUGCUGUGGUUUACCCCUUGCACUUCGAGUAAUUGGAAAGACAAUGGCAUCUAAAGCUACUGUCGAUCAAUGGCGUCGUGCAUCCGAGCAAUUGGAUUCUCGUCCGAGCGAAUUGAAAGGUACAGAUGACUUAUUUAAAGUUUUGAAGUUAAGCUAUGAUGACUUAAAAGACGAAGAUGCAAAGUGUUUUCAGUAUUGUGCUUUAUUUCCCAAGGCGCAUAAUAUCAAACAAGAUGAGCUGGUAGAGUAUUGGAUUGGUGAGGGUUUCAUAAAUGAUAACAACGGAGGCUAUAAUAUAAUCGAUACUCUUGUUGAGGCAAGUUUGCUAUUGAAGGAUGGCAAGUCCCAAGAUUCUGAACAGAAAGUGUAUAUGCAUGAUAUGAUACGGGGUAUGGUAUUGUGGGUUAGGUCAAAAUCAAAUCCUGAGAAUGGAGAAGUAUUUGUUGUGCAAGCAGGUGCUAAAUUAAGCCAUCUGCCUAACGACACGGAUUGGACAGCCGUGACAAAGAUGUCGCUGAUGGACAAUGAGAUUAAUGGCAUACCAAACGAUGAAGAUUUGCCCAAUCCGGAUCAUCUUGUAACCUUGUUCCUUCAAAAGAACAAGCUGGUAGAGAUUGCUGGUACAUUCUUUGAGGUCCUGUCGACUCUGGUGGUUUUAGAUCUUUCUCACAACCGCAGUAUCACCGAUUUGCCUAAAGAAAUCUCAAAGUUGGUAGCUUUGCGGUAUCUCAGCUUAUUAGGGACGAUGAUAAAGGAUUUGCCAGAGGGUUUCGCAAAAUUGACUCAGCUGAUUCACUUGGAUUUAGAGUCCACUUCCAAUCUUCAAAGUAUCAGUCUCAGUUUGAUAUCAACAUUACUAAAGUUGCAGGUUUUGCGAUUUUAUGGUUCUAAAGCUUCUUUAGAUGUCUCCUUACUGGAGCAUUUAAAAGGUUUGAAGAGAUUACACACUUUGACCAUUACUGUGAGAAAAGUUGAUGUUUUGGAAGCUUUCUUAAGAAGCGAAGAAUUGGCAGGGAAGACACAGGGUCUAUAUCUCGAAGGAGUUACAGUAUCAGUAGCAUCAUUUGCAGUCACCUUUGGUGCGUUGGGAAGUCUACGCAAUCUUAAAAUGAUGGGCUGUGAUAUCAUAGAGUCAGACACGGAAUGGAAAAGAGGAGACCUUGCGUCGUCAUCAUCCAACCAAACCACUCCGAGCAAUCCAUUGUUCAACAACCUCUCAGCUGUAGAACUAUCCUCAUGCCUACUUCUAAGGGAUGCGACAUGGCUAAUAUAUGCUGCAAAGCUUGAGUCUCUAAGCAUCGCAUUGUCGCCUAAGAUGAAACAAGUAAUAAGCAAAGAGAAAGUUAGGGAUGACAAGGAUGAGCCAUUUCCACUGCUACAAGUUCUUGAUUUUAAUUAUUUGGAUGAACUGGAGAGCAUCUGUUGGAAGCCACUCUCUUCUAAAGCGCUGCAGAAAGUCUGCGUAACAAACUGCCCGAAGCUUCUAUUCAAUGAAAUAAGUGCAUCGAAAAUUGAUGUCAUGAUAACCCGCCUGGCUUCAAAGGUGUAGCCCCGCAAAGGAACUUGAGCGACAACUAGACAAUCAAACUCUCUAUGGACACAAACGCUUGUUUCCUCUUUCUUGCAUAACGUGAUUCAAACUCUUGUUUUUUCCACUUAUAAGCGUG